GGGGAUCGGGGGUGUCGGAGGGCCGUGAACGCGUCCGGCAAUCUCUCGCGCAGUCUGGUGCCGCCGGUCGCGACGGACUCACGCGCUGUUUCUAUCGUUCAGUCGGCGAGACCGUGCGAGCGCAGUCGCGAGACGCAGGGGCGAGACGGCGAGAGGUCGCGAGAGAGAAAUCGCGAGGAGUCGCGCGGCCAGGAGCGACUCGCGAGCGGGGAGUUGCGGUCGAGCGGAGUUUCCGCGCGCGGAAGACAGGAAGAGACAGAGAGAGAGAGAGAGAGAGAGAGAGAGAGGGAGAAAGAGAGAGAGAGAGGGAGGGAGGGAGGGAGGAAGGUGGAAUCGCGCGAGUGGAAUCGAAGCGGAUUCGCGUGAAACCGCGCGCGACACCCAUUCACCGUCGACAGUCGAGCCGAGUGACAGCCACGGGGGGGGGAAGGAUCGGUCAUUCGGUUGCGGGUGUAACGCGGAGAACAAGUGGAAGCGAGUCCGGGUUACGCGACAGCGCGACGUUCGAUGCGACGGUGGUGCGCGAACCGCGCUGGUGAACCGCGCUGGUGAACCCGCGGCGGCGGCGGCGGCGGCGGUGACGACGACAACGACGACGACGACGACGGCGGCGGCGGCGGCGGCGAGGAUGAACGACGCGGCUCGGUCGGCGCGCACGGUGACAAGGUGAAACAGCGACUCGCACCUAAGUGAUGAUUUUCUUGCGGACGUGAUCCAGGCGAAUGGGACAACGUGGGAAAAUCGAGUGGGAGAAUCAGACUGCGGAAGGUUUAUUCCCUUGGACCUCGUUUAGGCACGUCCCUAAAUCACGUUCAUCGACCGGAGGGAAGUUUGACCUGGUUGCGGUCGGAGAGGACGAGUGGGCGAAUGCAUCUCGCAGGAUGAAUUCGUGCGCGGUCUACUUGACCCAGCUGCGGGCGAUGCUCGUGAGGAAUCUCCUGCUGAAGAAACGCGAGAAGCGGAAGACGAUGGCGGAGAUCUUCCUGCCCCUCUACACCCUCGGGGUCUUGAUCGUCGUGAAAAUCCUCAUUCCGAAUCCGAACUAUCCCGCGAUGACAACGCAGCAGCGCGACACGGAGAUAUUCGAGAUAUACAACGGCUACGCAAACAUCACGAUCGCCGUGGUGCCCAAUUCUACAGAGACCCUCAACUUUUUAAGCUCCAUGAACACCCUCUGGCUCUCUAUGUGGGAUUAUCCCGGUAAGUUUCCCUUAAACUUCGUCGUGUUCGACACGCAGGACGAUCUGCAGGCGGCGUAUUGGAGAGAUCCUUACAGCGUACCCAUAGCGGUUAUCUUCGAAGAUUCGCAGCCGAUAACACGGCGUCUCAUGUAUGAAAUCAGGACGAAUCCCUCGUAUCCGUCGCCGCCUUCGCCGACCGAACUGUAUUCCGCCCCGGUCACCUGUCGAAAGGACACCAGCCAUUGGAUGGGCGGCAUCUUGUCGAUAGAGACCGGCGGCUCCUGCCCCGUCAACGAUUACUUGUAUUCCGGCUUCUUGUUCCUGCAGAUGUUAAUGGACGUCACGAAAAUAAGAUUGGACACGGGAAUCCCCGACCUGACCGUACCGGACAUCAAACUCCAGAUGUUUCCAAAGGAAGCGUUCACCGCGGAUUGGAUGGUGGCCUUCAGGGUGGUCAUCCCCCUCUACACGGUCUUGGCGCUGUCGCAAUUCAUCACGUAUCUCCUGAUUCUGAUAGUCGGCGAGAAGGAGAACAAGAUCAAGGAGGGGAUGAAGAUCAUGGGCCUAAACGAUUCUGUCUUUUGGUUGUCCUGGUUCAUCAUCUACAGCGUCUUCGUCCUAUUACUCUCCGCAGUCGGGGUGAUACUGCUGUUCACUCUGCAAAUGUUCCAACACACGCACUUCCUGCCGAUUUUUCUGCUGAUGGUGCUGUACAGCUUCUCCGUGAUCAUGUUCGCCUUCAUGAUCACGCCAUUGUUCGACAAGUCGCGCACGGCUGGUGUUUUGGGCAACUUCGCCAUUACGAUACUGAGCUUGAUGUACUUCAUCCAAGUAUUCGUGGACGACUCCAGCUCGGUCUCGUUCUGGCUGGUGUCUCUGCUCAGCCCGACCGGAGUCGCCCUGGCGAUGGACAAGGCUAUCGUGCUGGACCUCCAAGGCGAGGGAGUGAAUUUCGACAACCUGUGGUCCGGGCCCGGGAUACCCUUCGGCGGCAGUCUCAUCAUGAUGACUCUGGAUAUUUUCUUGUACGCCUGGCUGGCCUACUACUUCGACUCCGUGAUACCGAGUGAGUACGGCACGAAGAAACCACCUUGGUUCUGCUUCGUACCCGGAUUUUGGUGCCAGAGAAAAGUCCAAAGGAGUCGCCAAGACGAUAGCUCGCCAACGGCCACUGAGAAUGAGAUCCACCCAGAUCGCGAAACCGACUUGCAGGUGCCGUCGUCGAACGGCGAGUCCAACUCCUUCAUCCCCGGCGAGGAGGCGAAUCGCGACGUGGAGCCGGUGGUGCGCGAGAUGAAAGGCCGCGAGGCGAUCAGGAUAGCCGACCUGUACAAGUCGUACCACAAGUGCCGGCGCUCGGAGACCAAGGCGGUGAACGGCAUCAAUCUGACUAUCUACGAGGGCCAGAUCACCGCGAUACUCGGCCACAACGGCGCUGGCAAGUCCACCCUCUUCAAUAUCCUCACGGGCCUCACCGCGCCCACCGCCGGCACCGCUCUCAUCUUCGGCUACGACGUCCGCGACUCCAACGACAUGCGGGCGAUCCGCAGCAUGACCGGCGUAUGCCCGCAGCACGACAUCCUCUUCGAUCUGCUGACGCCGCGCGAGCAUCUCGAGUUCUUCGCCGCGGUGCGCGGCAUAUCGCGCUCGAUGAUUCAGCACGAGGUGAAGAAAACCCUGAAGGAUAUCGAUUUGGUCGAGAAAGCGGAUACCUUCGCGAAAUACCUUAGCGGCGGUCAAAAGAGGAAACUGUCCGUGGGAAUAGCGAUUAUCGGAGACCCCAAGAUCAUCAUCCUCGACGAGCCCACCGCCGGAGUGGAUCCGUACUCCAGAAGGCAGAUGUGGUCCUUACUGCAAUCGAGACGGCACGGCAAGGUGAUACUGUUGACGACUCAUUUCAUGGACGAGGCGGAUAUACUCGCCGACCGAAAGGCGGUGAUCAGCAAAGGGAAGCUCAGGUGUUGCGGCAGCUCGUUGUUCCUGAAGAACAAGUUCGGCAUUGGAUACCACUUGACGCUAGUGUUGGAAGGCAACGCCAGGGAACACGCCAUCACCCGGCUGGUGACAUCGCAUGUGACGAAAGCGGAAAAGGCGAGACGCCACGGUCGCGAAUUGAGCUUCAUCCUACCUCACAAUUCCGUCGAGAGCUUCGCACCCUUGUUCUCCGCCAUCGAGCACGAGAUCAAGACCAGGUCGAGCAGGCUCGGCAUCAGCAGCUACGGCGUAUCGAUGACCACCUUGGAGGAGGUGUUCCUGCACCUGGAGAAGGACGAGGAGACCGAGUGCACGAUGGACAAUUUGUCGAAAAAGAUGGUGCGCAAUCGCGCGCUCAGCAGGUCGCUCUCGUUGCAAUCCAAGAGCACGUCGUAUCAGAGCCUGCAAAACGAGGGGGUGACUGUCCAGGGUGACAGUCAAGCGAAAGGUACGAGCGAUCUACCGGACGGCGUUCAUAACGACAGAAAUCCGCCUGUCCUCGGCCUCGGCUUAGACCCCAUCAAGAUCCGGCCUAACUUCCUGCAGACUCUCUACGCCAUGCUACGCUUACGGGUGCUCAGACUCUUCAGGAACUUGCAGCUGCUCUACUUCACGAUCGUCGCGCCGCUCGCUCUAAUAGUGCUCGGCCUCUACUUGAACAGCAUCCAGACGUUCGACAUCAAGAUGCAAUCGUUAAAACUUAAUAGCCACACGUACGGCGAGGAGACCAAGAUUGUCUACAUGAAUAACACCGAUCGCGACAUUUCCGAGUUGAUGGACGGCAUAGCUCAAGACGUGAAGCACAUCGAGGAGUACGACGGCAAUUUCGCGAAUUUACUGAAUAUCGCGCCGCACAUAGCCGCGUUCAACAUUAACGACUACUGUCCACCGCGAAUGAACCUGACCGUAAUCUACAAUGACACAAUGCAACAUUCCCUGCCAAUCUUGCUGAACAUUCUUUCGAACACUUAUCACAGAUUGGUCUCGGGCAAGAACGAACCUACGCCGAUCGAAGUGAAAACGCAUCCCUUCCAGCAAACGUCGCAACCGCAGGAGUUCAAGAUCGGCACGGCCAGCAGCGCUCUUUUCAUCGGUAUGGAUUUCGUGUUGGUGCCGAUCACUUUGGCGGUGGAUAUGGUGUACGAUCGCGAGAUCAAGGCGAAGAACCAGCUUCGCGUGAACGGCCUGUCGUUCCCCAUGUAUUUCCUCAGCUACUUCAUCGUGCUGGUCGGCCUGAUGACCUUCAUCUGCAUGUGCAUCCUCGGCAUCAUCUUCAUCUUCGAUGUGCCUUCGCUUCAAGAGCCACCGGCGAUCAUCACUCUCAGCACUCUCCUCAUGCUACACUGCCCGUCAUCCAUCCUUUUCUCGACCUGCCUCAGCUACAUGUUCGAUAAGAUGGACUCCGCGCAGAGCAUCCUGCCGAACAUCGCCACUUUCUUCGGCUUGAUACCGUUCCUCAUGGUGAUGUUCAUCGACAUGCUGGGACUCGGUGGGACAGCGGCGCUCGCGUUGCACGUGAUCUUCUGCCUACUGAACAGCAUGUACGUGCCGUACGCCGCGGUUUACUACGUGGACCGCGUUUAUCUCAUGUGCUCGAUCAACGCCGCCUGCCAUCACCUGACCAUGUCCGAUUACCUCACCACGGAGAUCAUAGUGAUGGCCAUCGCGGUGCUGCUGCAUUGUCCGAUGUGGUUCUUUGUGGUGCUCCUGCUGGACAUCAAAAAGAGCGGCGGCAAAGUCAGCGACUUCUUCAAGUAUUACCUGAGAAAAGGCGGCUCCACCAGCGAAGAGAUCAUGGAGAACUCGGACGUCGGCGAGCACGAAGACGCGGACGUGAAAACCGAGCGCCAGAGAAUCUUCAACCUCAUCACCUCGUCGGCCGUUCAAGAACCGCCCGUGGUCUUGGUGCAGAACCUGAGGAAAGAGUACCGGCAACAAGAGGCCGGCUCGUGCUCCUGCGGUUGCUGUUCGAAACGCGAGGAGCAGACUUCGCAGCGGAAGAUCGCCGUGCGGAAUCUCUCGCUGGCUGUGGAGCCCGGAGAAGUGUUGGGUCUUCUGGGCCACAACGGCGCCGGCAAGACCACCACCAUGAAGAUCAUCACCGCAGAGGAGUCGGCGACGAGGGGCAGGGUGCAGAUCGGCGGUCAUAGCAUCAACACUCACAUGUCGGACGCCUUCAGGCAGAUGGGCUAUUGUCCCCAGCACGACGCCCAGUGGAAGAACAUCACCGUGCGGGAGCACCUCGAGUGUUACGCCGCGAUUCGCGGCGUUCCCUGGAGCGACAUCGACAGAAUCGUGGACCUCUACCUGUCCGGUCUGCAAAUCCACGAGCACGCCGACAAGCAGACCCAGGAGUGCUCUGGUGGGACUAGAAGGAAACUCAGCUUCGCGAUGGCGAUGGUCGGCGGGCCCAAGGUGGUCCUCAUGGACGAGCCGAGCACGGGCAUGGAUCCCAGGUCGAAGAGAUUCCUCUGGGACACGAUCCUCGCUAGUUUCCAGGGUGGCAGGGGAGCCAUAUUGACCACACACUCCAUGGAGGAGGCCGACGCCUUGUGUUCGAGGGUCGGCAUCAUGGUGAAGGGUGAGCUGAGGUGCAUCGGCUCGACCCAGCACCUGAAGAACCUCUACGGGGCCGGCUACACCCUCGAGAUGAAACUCAUGGGCGGUGACUGCACGCCGACGACUCCCUCCGGCGACAGGGUCGCUGGCCUCAAGGAAUUCGUCGCGGGCCUCUUUCCCGACGUUACUCUGGAGGAGAGCUUCGCCGACAGGCUCGUCUUCGCUGUGCCCCAACAUGCUGUGAAUUCGCUGGCCGAGUGCUUUACGCAGUUGGAGAAAGCCAAGCUCGAGCUGGACAUAGAAGAGUAUAGCUUUAGUCAAACUACCUUGGAGCAAGUGUUCCUCAAGUUCUCGCACUACGACGAGGGCAACUCCGUGGAAUGAUGAUUCCCGCUGAUAGCAGCGUGCCGUCAUCACUGUCGCCGUCGUCGUCAUCGUCGUCGUUGUCUCGUGUCGACCGGUGACCCCGCGAGCAAUGCGCGCGGAACGACCGUUCGUCUGCGCGCGAACGCGUGAAGAGGAGACACGUGGGUGCCUCCUCGAGGAGGGACGGACGACGCUUCGGAGUCUCUCGAGAGGCGCCGCCAAACGAAUCUCCGUUGUUCACGGCGAGGAGUAGAUAGGACGAAAAAGGGAGUGUUAUAUCGUUAACGGAUUAUCACUAGUGCUGUGUUCCGAGGGAGUAUCAAGGUGACACAUCGUCUCGUGCCUUCAGAUCCUUUGGAGGGGCAAUGAAGAAACGAAUGAUGGGGGAUGAUGCAGGGGGAUUCCUCGAUAGCUUUGAAGGCGUCGCGUCUCGCACGGCGAGAGCGCUCGCUCUCGGAGAGAGAAGAAAAGACGAGCGGCAGGCGACCGAGGGACGAUUGUCUUUAACGAUUAACGGGGUUUAAUCUUGGAAGAGUGUCGAGAGAGUCAAGCCUCGAGGCGCUCCCGAGGCGCUCUCAACCACUGCGAGUGGUUGCGCUCGGAGAAUAAGAGCAGCCUCCAACUAUCGGGACGAGAGAACGAAGCGACUUAUGAGAGCGACAUGGAGAGGAACAUCAUCUCAUGCGAUCGAUGGUCUCUCUCUCAGUUCGCGACAGCAGUAUUAACACGAAACAGGGAACUAGGUACGGCGGAAAUGUAACUCGCGAGCAGAUUCAAGUGUGUGUGUGCGUGUGUGUGUGUGUGUGUGUAUGUGUGUACCGACAGACUCUAGACCCACGACCCGAAGGAAUUUAAGUAAUAAAGCCCGCUUCGUAGCUCCAGACUAUUGACGGAAGGCUGAACGAAAUGGUAGAACAAUGAGGGAACAGUUAGCCACUAGUCCUAGCUAGUUUCAGUUUCGAGGGAGUAUCAAAGCGCCACAAGUCGCCUUGUAGCUCUAUACCGAUACGAAGGGACGCGGGGGAGGGCGAUUAGGUAGAAACCUCGGGGGAGUUGUUCCAACGUCCUCGCAGAGGAGCGUCUUCACGCGAAGAACGACGGAGAGGCCGUCGGGGGAUGUUGCGUCGACUGCACAGGAGGACUAUGCGGCGAGAAUCGUUCGCGGAGAACGGACAGACUCGACGGUAGUCGAGAGAGAGAGAGAGAGAGAGUAGGGGAAUAAAUAAAAAGACAACGUGCGUUAUAUAGCCGUAGCCGCGUAGAAUCGCGUUUCGGGGACGCUCGAGUCGAAAGAUGGUCGAGGAACGCCGACGAAGGGAAGUUCGCGCUUCGGACGCUUCGGUGCUUCGAAGAAGUAGAGCUUGAAGGGGCCGAUCUCUCCCGAGGGUUGCAGGAGGAUUACUGGUAGAGAGAGGGAAAGGAUUAUUGCCUUCCAGCUACCGAGGACAUCCGGAGGAACAAUGAUCGAUAGGACAAUAGGAAUAAACAGUUAGGAACAAAUAGGAACCUAAAUAUUUAGUAGCGUUGUGUGCUUCGGGCUCGGGCUCGACGUGGGACUCGAACAGGGUGACAGCCCGGUGGAUGCGCCGUCGUGCCGGCUGACGACGCGUGCACGCGCGAAACAACUCACCGAGAAGUUCUGUGUAUUUACUGUGUAAAUAGUCGCGGUCACGCGCGCCGCGGGGGCUGAGCAUUGUCUGCAGGGCUGCAGCGGUCAAGCGCGGGAUUCAAGCGGGAAUUCGCGCGCUCGACGUUCUUGUCUGGCGUCCCUGUCCUUCCCCGUCAGCGCCGUCAGCUCGUCGAUGUUCAGUCAUCAGGAAUAUGAGACCCAAGACACCGACGACUGCGCGUCGGGGUAUCCUGGCCGAUCCAGACAACAACGUCCCGCGCGCCGUACCGAACGUGCCACGGGUAAAAAGAGAGAAAGAAAAAGGAAGUAAAAAAGAGACACGUUAAUCAGCGUUCGCGAGGGGAUGGAAGUCCCCGGGGCGUAGCGUCCAAGUUACACCGGUAGUCCACUUCGUAUUUGGAAAUUUAACGAUAAUAGAUCUCGUACAGAUAUUGCACUGGAAUUGGGGCGCACGAAGGUCCUGAGUCCUGCCGGACGGGCAGGACGGCUCGCGCCGCGCGGGGAUACAAGAUCGACGGUUCGGCUGGAGAAACAGCGAGACUCGGCCGAGUAUUAUCUGGCGCAUUGAAGGGAGGGGGGGGAGGCCUGGCCUUCUUAUGCCGGAACGGUCGUUCGGAUUCUCCUCUUUCGAUGGCUCCUUGUCCUUGUUUUUUACGCGUUUAUCCUGCGCGCAGGAUAGCCGUUUCCUAAGCCGGGCGAAGGAACGAGUGGCUCGAGAAGGCUCGACUGAGGUCUCCUCUCCCGUCAUGAGUUCCCGGCAUUUCGAGAACGAGAGAUUAGUUCGGGCGGGUUUUUUCUUUAUUUUGACGUUUCUCUAUUUUUAUUCUUUCUUCGUUCGUUCACCUCGACCGGUACACGCUUUGUACAUGCGAGAUUUCGUGUCGUCCACUUGUCGAGCCGAGCCGUCGAUGUGGCGCCGACGUGAGUCUUAUCAGGCUGUGCUGGAUACAGCGAGUUACGCACGAGAGGUGUUCGAGAAGCAGCUUUCGUCGUGAGAUAACGUCACUGUAAGAGCACUGUACCAGCUUCUUGACAGCUAACGAUAAACCCUUGACAUAGCUAACGAUUCUACGUCAUUUCGAAUUUCAGGUUCACGAUGUCGAAUACCGAUCUAGAUCGAAGACUCGACGUGUGCACCUGCUAUACCUGCACUUCUACAAGAUCGAGCAGAAUAUUCUUUCCUAAAAUUACAAAUAAAAAUAUCUGGAAAAACGGAGAGUGAAGAUACAUCGAAAUAAUCUCACUGGGAUCUGUGCUCAAGGCGCGGAAGAUUAAAUUAAAUUAAAAAAAAAAAGAAAGAAAAAAAUGUUAAAACACCGCACACGAAUGGCCCUUUUUGUUGCGGGCGCCGCGGUGUGUCCCGCGUGUAUCCGCGUUAUCCGAUCACAACGACGCGUUUCAUCUUCUUUGGUUCAAGCGAGAUGAUCAACGUGCCUUCAGUUGAAUUCUCGAGAACGACGGAAAACGCAUUUCUCGAACAUCCCUCGCAUUUUCUAUACACACGUACUUAGAGUACUACUCCGAAGGAGGACCGUAGUCCUGAAGUAAAACAAAAACGGAAAGCGCAAGAAUGACACGGCUUAUAUAGUUUCGAGCGCAACAGGCGUUUCUCCUGUGUGAUAUAAAAUCGUAAGCGAACACUCUUUACUGUUGAACAUCGAUCAAACAAUACAGCGAACGAUCUCGAGAGAAGGAAAACAGUCGCAGCUGAAAACGUCGCUAAUACCGCGGAGUUAACUCUUUGCGCGCGCGUCGCGCACCCGUCGCCGCGAUCGAUCGCGCGUCGUCGUUCAAGCGAAUCGACCGAGAGUUCGUUAUUAACCGAAUCAAUUAAACCGAAUUGAAAACAAAAUAUGAAAAAUCAUUCUUUCCCCACUGGAGGAUAUUUUUUCUCUUCACGAGCAAAGCGAAGAUCGGUGCAGAUAGCGAUGAAGAUCGUUUUCCCUCGCUUCGUCAGGUCCAGCGCGUCUCGCGCGAAGGAAUCGCGCGUGAUGUUUAUUAUUCAAAUGAUUUUCAACGGCUGUUACAAGCGCAAAAGUUCGCGGGACGAACCUCCGCAACUUCCGUUCGAGUGACGAUUCCGAGCGGCAAGCGCGACUCGCUCGCACGAGUGAUACCGAGAAGAAGCGCAAAGAGCUAAGAUCGGCUUCCUGUUGAGAAUAAUCUCGCACAACACUUCAGCCAGCGUGGACUGUUCAACAUUAAGCAAUAUAUGCGAAACAAAAUUAACAUAGAUACGAGUAUGUAAUUGAAGGCAUGAAUAUGGUAAAGGGCGUCAAUUAACGCGAUCGAUCGCUCGAUCAGGUCGGAAGAUACCUUAGUCCCUUCAGUGAGCAGAUUAUUUGUGAGAUGUAUCCAAAUUGAUUUCUAUAUUAUUUAUAAAUAUUCUAUGCACAAGCCGUGUUCAAACUCGUCGACACAGACGUCCCUCCCUCAGAGAGGGGAAGCAAUCAAACUCAAAUAGUCUCUCCCAAUCUUCUUCCCAAUUUCUCUUCAUUCCCCAACGGUGGUGGUCUCUUUCUUUUAACAGCGUAAUUUUGAUUCGUCGACAGGAAAAAGCUUGAAUUUCCCGAAGACAGCCCGAGGACGGAGAAACAAGAGUACUGUUUUUUCGCGUCUGCCCUCUUGUUAGGAGGCAAAGAAGAUGCAGUCACACAGUGUUUGUUUGGCGCAGCUUGUGCAUGAAAUAACAAAUAAUUGUCUCAGCAUUAUAGAAUAACUUGGAAGUCUCGCGAAACUUCCUGCGAAACAACACGUGUAUAUAAACUUUCUUGGUCCUGUAAAAAGAGAGUGUAACAUGCUUUUUAUACAGAUAUCAUUCACCGAAGAUUUUAGAAGAGGAUCCCGCUUUCAUUGGUUUACGAAAUACUUUCGAGAUGACGAGCACGUGCUCGUCGUCCGACUUUUCACGUAAGACGUAGUCAAAUUGAAUAAACUCUAUCUAAACAUCAAACUAAAUGACGGUCGGUUAAUAUAAAUAUAUAUACAUAUAUACAUAUACAAUAAUAUAUAUAUAUAUAUAUCUCUCUCUACCACGCGAAAUAGUUUAUUUAUAUUCCGGACCGAGGAUUCCGAGAUUCUCGCGAUAGCAUUUCCGCGAGUUACGUUGCUUAGAACAUUGCGAUUUAUGUUACUUAGAACAGAGGCGUACACGUAUUUCUCCGUAUUUGUUUCCAACUUGGUUAUUACCCUUUUAUAUCUUUUCUAACGCCCGCAUAAAGCAAUUAUUACACGAGUGGUCGCGAGUUGAGUUUUCAUGUGCGCGAAGCAAGCAUAUAAAUAAUAAUAACACUAUCGAUCUCUUGUGAUGGAAAUUAACAAUGAAACGGUAACGUUUUAAUUUCCACUCUGACGUGUCCGUUACACGCAGUUAGCAUAAUUUCGCAAAAGCGUCACGAAUUAAUUAUAUCUUGUAUCACAGCUUAACGUCGCAUAAUUUAUCGUCGUUAUUUAUUAUUUAUUAAUUUAUUUAUCGUUUAGUGAGUUAUUAUUAUAAUCGAUAGCCCCCUCUCUCGCCUCCUUUGCGAAAGAAAAUCAUUAUUUUUAUCCUUGUAUGUUGUGCGAGCGCGUUCCCGUGCAAAGGAAGAAAGAAAGUGUCGCGCCGAGGGUUUAAAAGCUUCUGUUUAUAAAAUACCAGUCCGCAUCAUCACAUCUUCGUGAAAAAUAGGCGGACAAAGAGGGAUUGACGGGGAUUCACUCUCUGCGGGAAAUUUAAUUUCCGUGUAUAAAUAUCGAAAUAUCGAGAAUGCACUCGAGUAAGUCGGAUCAAGCUUUUUCUCGCUGUACCUGUCUAGUUACGGAUCGACGAUGUUUUAUAUCGCGCGGACAGUUAGAAAAGAGUAAUUCGUCUGAUGACGUGUAAUUCGCGUCUGCACGAGCUAAAAGAAACGGAAAGAAAAGAUGAUUCGAGAAUGAUGUCAGGAUGUCGAGCACAUUUAUUCGGGACACAUUAGGGAUUCGCGACUUCAUAGAAAAGAAUUCCCGUCAAUUUUUCUCUCGAUCGGCUAUUCUUCACGGGGAGUGCACUAGUCACACACACGUACUCCUAUUCUAGCGUAUCUCGAUGAAGUUUUAUUCGAUAUAUACAUAUAAUACACGUCGAAAAAAAAAGAAAAUUGCCUGUCCAUAGUGUUUACCGAGUGGCCAUUUGUAUCUCGCCGUAACAGGACCGACGGAGGCUUUCCGGAAGAUAACUUUGUAAAAAAAAAAAAGAAAAAAAAGACAGACACACACAUGAUUUAGGUCGAACUAGGCUUUUCUCGUUGAUACUUUCAAGCUUAUGUAGAACUGUUUCUUAGGGUUUUCAACAAAUUUCUUAAAAUAGAAUAAAAUCCGAAAGAAUUUCGUACGACAA